GACUCACAGAGACAACACAGACCUUAGUGACUUUCCUGAUUAGCAUCCUCAGGGGCGAAGGUCUUAUCUAUUCCCAGUUGCGUACUAUCUCUAUCCACUUUCUCCUUUUCUUCUCGCAACUGCAGAACCCUAGAAAUUGUCAAGUACAGAUCAAAUUUGGGUUUUGUUAUUAUACGAAAUUCGACCUUGUUCACUCUAUUCAUAUCCAAUUUGGCAUAAACUUGAAUUGGGGGUUCAUGUGAUUACUCGGUGGUUCGAUUUUACAGAGUUGGAGAAUUUGAGAUCUCUUUGAAAAAUGCGUACUUUGAGGUAAGAAUCAUACUGUUUUGUUCAUCUUGUAAUUUGAUUUAAUGGAGUAGAAAUUGGGUGUCUUGAGAAAAUUUAAUAGGUCCACUUAAUGCCUGAUUUGAAAGCGGAGAAAUUGUUGAUUUGGACCGAGGAGUUCUUUUUCUCUUCUGGGUGUAUAUAUAUAUAUAUAUAUAUAUAUAUUUUUUUUUUUUUUAUGUUCCUUUAUUCUUUCAGUUCUUGAAGUGAGUCAUGGGGUUUGUUUUGUUUGGGGAUCUGGUUGUACUAGAAAAGUGGGGUUGGUGAGUUGGAACUAAAACUUUGAAUUUGGGGGUCAAUUUUGUGUUGGUGGUGGAAGAAUUAUAGAUUUUUGUUGUGUUGGGAAUUCGAUUCAAUAAAGAAGAGGAAAUAAUUGAUGCUUGAAGAGUGCAAAUUAGGUUUUUUGAAACAAAUUUCCUCUGGGUGUUGAUCCUAAAUUGUACUUGAAUGGGUGACGCUGAGGAUGAUGCAAGGUAUCCACCCAACCAGUAUGGUGUGAAUGAAGGUUAUGGGUCCUUGCAUCGCCAGAAGCUUCCUGUACAAAACCCGGCUUAUCCUCGUCCUUUGGGUGAUCAAUAUGAUGAUGAUGAUGAUGAUGAUGAUGACGAUGACGGUGAAGGUGAAGAACAAGUUGAUGAAGAAGAGGAGGAAGAAGAUGAUGAUAAUGACAACAAUGGUGUUCAGCAGAUGGCUAAAGUUGAGGAUGAUGAUGACCUCGUUGAUGAGGAGGAUGAUAAUGAUGGAGAAGAUGAUGAUGGUGAUGAUGAUGAUGAAGAUGACAACAAACAAAAGAAUUAUAAUACAAGAGUUGAAGAUACUGAUAUUGAAAGGCACCAGAAGAAAAGGAAGCUGAAGAGCCUGUUAUCAAGCUAUGAAUUUGCUCCUCGAGUACCAGCACCAUCAGUUGCAGCUGCUUCCGCCUCAAAGCCAUCAUUUGGCAGGCGGAAUUUACUUACAGAUUGGACUGAGCACGAGACGUUUGUUCUAUUGGAUGCUUGGGGUGACAGGUUUCUUCAACGUGGGAGGAAGAGCCUCCGGUCUGAGGAAUGGCAGGAAGUUGCGGAGAAGGUAUCGCAGAAGUCAAAAAUUGAAAGGACUGACACACAGUGUAGAAACCGUGUGGAUACAUUGAAAAAGAAAUACAAGAAGUCGAAGAUGAAGUUAGGGGAGAUCGUAGGUGCCACCAGCAAUUGGGUGUACUUCCAAAAGAUGGAUAUGUUAAUGGCGUCUUCCCCGCAGCAAUCAGGCCUUUCAUGUGGAGUGGACUCAGGGGAGUAUGUCUUCAUGAAUCCUAAGGUAUAUUUGAAUCGCACAAAUGGACUGGAUGAGAUGAGGGAUAGUCCAGGGAACUCUGAAUCUGCCGAGGGUAAGGAUUAUGAUUCGGAUGGGCUUCCACCUAAGAGGACAAGAAUUGGAGGGAGCAGAGAUGAUGGAGCUUCCUUUAGACUGGUUGCAGAUUCUAUUCAGAAAUUUAGUGACAUAUAUGAAAAGAUUGAGAAUAGUAAAAGAAAGCAGAUGCUAGAACUGGAAAAGAUGAGGAUGGAUUUCCAUAGGGAGUUGGAAUUGCAGAAAUGGAAGAUCCUAGAGAGGGCACAAGCCGAAAUUGCAAAAAUACGGCAACGUGAUGAUGAGGAGAAUGAUGUAUCUGCCGGAAACGUCAGUGGGUGAUGUAUCCAGACCUGAUUUUCUAUCUUUAGUGUCCUUUGCCAUAUUGCUUGCUGCUGUUGUAUGAGUUCUGAGGCUUUAUGCUUCUUUUUGGAUCAUAAUUUGCAAGGCAAUAAAUUUUAUGGGGUGAAUGUAUUGGAAAUAUUAUUAAUAAUAGAAGUAACAAUAAAACAUGAUAGAUCAUUGCCUUUACAUUUUGGGCCAAUGUUCCUUUAAUUACCA